AUGGCGGCCGCGUGGACCCGCAAGCGGCGCCUGGCGGAGCUGACGGUGGACGAGUUCCUGGCCUCGGGCUUUGAUUCCGAGUCCGACUCGGAGCCCGAAGGACCCCCAGAGGCGGAGACGCGGGCGGCGCGCGGUGCGGCCCGGAGCCCGGAUGGGCCAGGUGGGAGUCCCUUGGCCAGGAACUUCAGUGAUUCGGACAGCUCUGAGGACGAGGAGGAGCAGCUCCACUCCCUGCCAGACGCGCUGGAGGAGGCGAGCGAGGAGGAAGAUGAGGAGGACGGGGCCCCCAGAGGGCCUACGGGGAGGAGGAGGGGCUCUGCCUCUGUGACGCUCGCCACGGUUGAGAGAUGGACGCAGGCGGCGAAGCAGCACCUUACUCCAAAGCUGUUCCACGAAGUUGUGCAGGCGUUUCGAGCAGCCGUGGCCACCACCCAAGGAGAACAGGAAGGCACUGAGACCAGCAAAUUCCAGGUCACAGACAGUGCUGUGUUCAACGCUCUGGUCACUUUCUGCAUCAGAGAUCUCUUUGGCUGUCUCCAGGAGCUGCUGUUUAGAAAAGCCCCAAAGGACAGUAGCAGGGUGCGGCAGCCAUCCAGCAGCCCGCUGUGGGGGAAGCUCCGGCUAGACAUCAAGGCUUACCUGAGCUCCGUCACACAGCUGGUGGCCUGUGUGGCAGAGGCGACAGUAGCGGCGGCCGUCCUCCAGCACAUCAGCAGCUUCGUGCCCUGCUACCUGACCUUCCCCAAGCAGUGCCGCAUGCUGCUCAAGAGGAUGGUGGUCCUGUGGGGCACGGGCGAGGAGACGCUGCGCGUGCUGGCCUUCCUGGUGCUCGUCAAGGUCUGCCGGCACAAGAAGGACGUCUUCCUGAGCCCCGUCCUCAAGCAAAUGUACGUCACGUACGUGAGGAACUGCAGGUUCACCUCCCCCAGCACCCUGCCCCUCGUCAACUUCAUGCAGCGGACUCUGACAGAGCUGCUGGCCCUGGACGCGGGCGUCGCCUACCAGCACGCAUUCCUUUACAUCCGCCAGCUCGCCAUCCACCUGCGCAAUGCUAUGACCACGCGCAAGAAGGAGACGCACCAGUCAGUGUACAACUGGCAGUUCGUGCACUGCCUCUCCCUGUGGUGCCGUGCCCUCAGCACCAUCUGCCCCAGUGAAGCUCUGCAGCCCUUGAUCUACCCCCUGUCCCAGGUUGUCAUCGGUUGCAUCAAGCUGGUCCCCACUGCCCGCUUCUACCCGCUGCGCAUGCACUGCGUGCGCGCCCUGACACUGCUCUCGGAGAGCACGGGCACCUUCAUCCCGGUGCUGCCCUUCAUCCUUGAGAUUUUCCAACAGGUCGACUUCAACAGGAGGCCGGGGCGCAUGAGCUCCAGGCCCAUCAACUUUGCUGUGAUCCUGAAGCUGUCCAAGGUCAACCUGCAGGAGAAGGCGUACCGGGACGGCCUGGUGGAGCAGCUGUACGACCUCAGCCUGGAGUACCUGCACGGUCAGGCCCACAGCAUUGCAUUCCCCGAGCUGGUGCUGCCCGCUGUCUUGCAGCUGAAAUCCUUCCUCCGGGAGUGCAAGGUGGCCAACUACUGCCGUCAGGUACGCCAGCUGCUCGAGAAGGUGCAGGAGAACGCAGAACACAUCCGCAGCCUCCGCCAGAGGGUCUCCUUCGGCGUGUCCGAUCAGCGCGCAGUGGAUGCCUGGGAGAAGCGGACCCGGGAGGAGGGGACCCCGCUCACAAAGUACUACAGCCAGUGGCGGAAGCUGAGGGACCGUGAGAUCCAGCUGGAGAUGGGGGGGUGGGGGGGCCUGGAAGAUUUGAACUUCCCAGAGGUAAAGCGCCGCAAGGUGGCGGACAGGAAGGGUGAGGACAGAGCAGAAUUCAAGGACCUCUUUGAUCUGGACGGUGCUGAGGACGCCGAUGACGACGCCGCAGACUCCCCAGAGAGAGAGACGCCUGGGUCCCCAAGAGCUUGGCAGAGAGUGGAGGAAGUCAGCGGCUCAGAGGAUGGAAGCCCAGACACAGAGGCGGGGCCGGAUCCCCAGGAGCCGUGGCGGCUGGCCCAGGGGCCGGAAGACGAGCUGCAGGAUCUAGAGCUCUCCGAGGACGAGGAUGACUGA